CUUUUCUCUUGGAAAGUGAGUAGAUGUUAUUUUAACAUCCUCUUCGUCGAUCCUUUCUCCUUCGCUUCCUCAGUGAAGAAUAUCAAUUUCGAGACUCACGUCUUGGCUGCCGACUUUUCUUUAUGCAUGGACGUAUGACCUUCAUGGGCACAUUUCAUGGUGUCCUGGUGACCAUUUCGGAGGCACUCAUGCCUGUUACGUGAACUGACAUGUUGACCGUCGACUCUUGGUGACAUUCGAUAUUGGAUUUGGGUGUGAAAGACUGAUCAUCAGCUCGGCAUAGUCACUGGGCAUGCGUAGUUCUUGUUCGCGUAGGGGGAGCUAUAGAGAAACCAGAUGCCUACAGAGAUCCUUCAGGACAGCGGCUGAUGGUGGAGUGUGUGGCGCCGCGACGCUGCGAUCCUUAACCGGCAGGAUGAGUCACACAGAAAGGAAGUACGUCAAUCGGGAUUUGUAAAGCUUAGCCUUGUUAAAGCCGCUACGGUGGUACAAAGGAGGAUUUGUGUGUUGACAGUGACGACCUUGUCUUUGUGUGACAGUCAGUGCAGAGUUUUCUUUUGUUCCAAGAUGAAGUGUCAACAAGCCCCCUCGCCGCGUUACGGCAGGACUGCAUUGCCCAGCCGCAAGCAGAGUAAAAACUUUCUGGGCUCAUGUCUUCCUCAGGAGGCAUGGAGGGUCUGCGUGGGGUGAUGGCCGCUGCCUGCAGCGCGGGAUGCAGCUGCUGAUGGAAGUGAUGGAGUGGGUGGCGCUGCUGCUGGGGCUGCUGCCCUUGGGUGGCCGCGGAGGACGCUGGUCACCGGGAAGAACGGUUUUGGCCAUCGUUAUUGCUGGUCUUACACUUCUUACGGACGUUACAUUCUUCAUAGUGUCUACAGUAUGUCUGAGAGAGGUUAAGUCGUCUCGACUGGACAUGAUCGUGGGCAUUUUCAUUGUAAUAUACGUCUUGUCAAAGUCCAUCGCAGUCUUGUUGAUGCUGUGGUUCAAGGGUGAGGUCUUCAGCUCACUCCUCCUCGCUCUCAGGAAAGCCACACAGUUCCUGACUGAGACUCCAGCACGUGCCAUAAAAUUGGUGCUUUUCUUGUCCUGCAGUUUAGUGGAAUGUGGUUUAUCAUUGAUAACUCAUGCAUAUUGGUUGGCAGCAGUGUCCAUAUCUACUCAGCCUUCAGUAAUAAGAGCAAUCUUCCCCGUCAUUAGAUCGUUUGCAAUAUUUUCAUUGCCUUUAAUCGACAUCUUCCCCUUAGUGAUGUUGGUGACCGCUGGCCACUUGCUCCACGCUGCUCUGGCUGAUGCCAAUGUGUCGCUCAAGCUGGAAAUAGAGCGCCACGACUUCGUAAAUCCUAAGGAAAGCCUCAGGCUCCGCGCCCUGUGUGUUCGCUACAUCCACUUGCGUGGCCUCCACCAGCAGCUGUCAGAAAUUCUUGCCAUUCCAAUCAUGGGAUGGAGCUUGGAAAAGCUGUUAUUACUUAUCUCCACCACAUAUUCGUGCAUUAGCUAUGGUAAAUAUGUAGUUGGAACUUUCAUGUUCUACUUGUUCCUGAUGAUAAUUCUGAUGGGCGCUGUCUCGCUCUACGUGCUGUGCCUUGUGGCUGAUCGCAUAGCUGAUGAGGUAAGAUUGUAUUGUCUCAUAUUGAAAUAACCAUGCAGUGCAUAUUUCUUAAGGUUGUUGCGUCAUAUAACAAUGCGUGACUGUAAGGUGUUGAUGCAUUGGUUUUCUGUGUUGCCCUCUGCAGGCCGCCGCGCCGCUGAGGAUCAUCGCCGAGGCGGACCUGAGCCUCGGUGGCCAGGACAUUCGUCCUGAGGUGGGGAUCGAGGUGGCGAGACUCCUUAAGGUGUGCGAGAGGCCGCUGGUCAUCCGUCCCUGGGGCCUGUAUACCAUCUCCCGCUCCAACAUGCUGGCGAUGCUCUCUGCCAUUUCGACUUACUUGGUGGUGUUGCUGCAGUUUCAGUCUCCGAUGGAUAUCCCCUCCCCACACUCUCAGCAGGGGAACGAUUCCGUGUCGCUCUAGUCGCACCCCGCAUUGCUGCGCCGCGCUACGCCUCACACACUCUUACUUCUUUCCUGUUGCUACUGUCAGCAUGAUCAGAACAGCAGAUCGCUGAACGCCACACUCACCAGAUUACAGACUCCGACACUCGGCCAAGCAUGCGCAAGAGAGCACAUCUGCUAGCAGCAUAUUGAAAAUUAAGUAGAACUCUCCUAGAAGCAGAGGAGAAUGGCAUGAAGGGGAAGGCAAUGUUGUACUUCGUAAACACACACACACACACACACACACACACACACACACACACACACACACACACACACACACACACACACACACACACACUCACUCACUCA